UAGUCUUCCGAAUUCUGAUAGUUCCCCUCCUUGACGAUUGCAAUUUGCACCUCUCCUGUCUCCACUCUACUCGCGGCUCCUCCUGUUCCAUCUCCCUCGAGAUGGCGUACACAACCUCACCUUCCCGCUCUGUUUUUCUCGGCGUUGACGUUGGCACUGGCAGUGCUCGCGCAGGUCUUUUUGAUGGAAAUGGAAAGCUUCUAGGUUUAGCUAGUAGCCCUAUACAAAUUUGGAAGGAUGGUGACUGUAUUGAGCAAUCCUCAACUGAUAUCUGGCAUGCAAUUUGUGCUGCGGUGAAAUCAGCAUGUGCCCUUGCAAAUGUUGCUGGUGAAGAAGUAACUAGUUUGGGAUUUGCUGCUACUUGUUCUCUGGUUGCUGUGGAUGCUGAUGGUUCUCCUGUUACGGUUUCUUGGAGUGGUGAUGCAAGGAAAAAUAUUAUAGUAUGGAUGGACCAUAGAGCUGUAAGGCAAGCUGAACGAAUUAAUUCUUCCAACUCACCAGUACUGCAGUAUUGUGGUGGGGCCCUUUCCCCUGAGAUGCAGCCUCCAAAGCUUUUAUGGGUCAAAGAAAAUUUGAAAGAAUCUUGGUCAAUGGCAUUUAGGUGGAUGGAUUUGAGUGAUUGGUUAUCAUACAGAGCAACUGGAGAUGAUACUCGGAGCCUAUGCACCACGGUGUGCAAAUGGACAUAUCUUGGUCAUGCUCACAUGCAACAAAUCAGUGAGAAAGUCUCUCGAGAUAUGAAAGCUUGUGGGUGGGAUGAUGACUUUUGGGAGGAGAUCGGCUUGGGUGACCUUGUAGAAGGGCAUCAUGCUAAGAUUGGGCGGAGUGUUGCAUUUCCUGGCCAUUCUUUGGGUUCUGGUCUUACUCCAGCUGCUGCAAAGGAGCUGGGGCUGGCAGUUGGAACUCCUGUAGGAACUUCAUUGAUUGAUGCUCAUGCUGGUGGUGUGGGGGUAAUAGAAAGUGUCCCUGCAUCAGAAUCUGAGUCUAAAGGAGAUGACAAAAACGCCAUAUGCCAUCGUAUGGUGUUAGUUUGUGGAACAUCCACUUGCCAUAUGGCUGUAUCCCAGAGCAAAAUUUUCAUUCCAGGGAUUUGGGGACCUUUCUGGUCAGGUAUAUUAUUCAUACUUUAUAGUCAUUGUUGCAGCUGA